GUCACAUCCAAAAUACGGAAGUGGAGGAAAGGAUAUGAGUUUUUCGAGCUAUUAGAUAUGACAUGCCAGCCUGUUCAUGUCGUGUAAUGUGCCAUGUAAUACUCCAUUUACUAUUGCGGUAUGGACCGAAUUCGUGAGCGAUUGAAGAACAAACCGACGUUUGCAGAGCCGGUUAAAUUAAGGAAAAGGAAAUCUAAACUCUACGACAAUAAUGCUGGUCCACUCCAGACAGAUUUUUUUGGCAUCAAUGCCUAUCUAUUCUCUGUGGCAUUUCGUCUCAUCAACUGCCUCCUGGUUCAGACCAACUUUGUUCCAGAUGAGUAUUGGCAGUCUCUGGAGGUUUCCCAUCACAUGGCCUUCAAUUAUGGAUAUUUAACUUGGGAGUGGACUGAGGGAAUCAGAGGCUACUCUUAUCCACUCAUCUUUGCAGUUUUUUACAAAAUACUGCAUAUAUUUGAAUGUGAUACAGUUAUACUCUUGGUGUGGCUGCCUCGUGUCCUGCAAGCACUUCUUGCUGCAUUUACUGAUGUUAAACUGUAUGCAGUCAUUAAAAAUCUGGAAAGUCCAGAUGUUGCACAAUUAACAUAUUUCAGUCAGCUCUGUUCCUGGUUCACAUGGUAUUGUUGUACACGGACCCUGACCAAUACCACAGAGACUAUGCUCACAACUCUGGCUCUCUGCUACUACUCACUACCAGGAUCCAAAACCCACAACAGUGCAAAGUAUUUGACCUUGGUUUCGCUGGCAGUGAUUGUUCGUCCAACUGCCCUCAUUGUGUGGCUUCCCUUGUUAGCAUUCCAUUUCUGGAAAGACAAUGACAAGCUAAGACUCAUAAUUCAUCAUGGCCUUCCCAUUGUGGCCCUGAGUCUUGGAAUUUCAACCCUUAUUGACAGUCUCAUCCAUGGGCAGUGGACCCUGGUUCAGUGGAAUUUCCUUAAGUUUAAUGUCUUCCAUAAUGUUGCUGAAUUUUACGGGUCACAUCCAUGGCACUGGUAUUUCACUCAGGGAUUCAUGGUUGUGUUGGGAUCUCAUCUUCCAUUCUUUCUCCAUGGCUGCUCUCUGGCUUCCAAAAGAUACAGAAUACUGUUGUUCACAAUUGCAUGGACCCUUGUAAUUUACAGUUUACUAGCUCACAAGGAGUUCCGGUUCAUCUAUCCCAUCCUGCCUAUAUGUAUGAUAUUUUGUGGCAUAUCCUUGGCAAACCUGAAAGCCUGGAGAAAACCAGCUAUGUGGUUCCUGCUCGUUACAAACCUCAUCCCAGCCUUGUACACAGGCCUUGUUCACCAACGUGGGACUCUGGAUGUUAUGGGCCACCUCCAACCCCUAUGUGACACGACAUCAAACUCCUCUCAGCCCCAAGUUCUCUUCCUCAUGCCAUGCCACUCCACUCCUUUCUACAGCCAUAUCCACUGCCCAUUGAGAAUGCGCUUCUUGGAGUGUCCUCCUGACCUGAGAGGGGAUGGGAGCAGUAUAGACGAGGCAGAUGUUUUCUACUCCAACCCUGCAGCUUGGCUUAUGAGAACAUUUCCCUACAAGGACUCAUUACCUUCUCACCUCGUGUUUUUUAAUGUCCUUGAAAAGGAGAUCUCUGCAUUCCUGGAGGCAAAUGUGUUUAUUAAACACACUGAGAUUUUCCACACUCAUAUUCCUGAAGGGCGAGUGGGACAAACCAUCUUCAUCUAUACAAGAAAGCACUGAAUCGGGGAGGGUCUGAAUGCAAAAGCACUGUGUUGAUUGCUGCUCAAGAUUUACAUUUUGUAACUAAAAUAUGAUACCUGUAAAAAUGAAGUUAUAGAAAUGUGCUUUGUAAGUACUUGUAAACAAAAUUAAAAUCUAAUUUCCAUUA